AAAAAAAAGUUUCAGACAUAAGGUAUGUAUUUUUAUGCGCAGAAUCCGAAUCAGUGUUAAAAAUAUGUAAUCCCAUUUAGAAAAAUGAACUUCCGGUCAGUAUAACCUAUUUCCAGUCGAAACCGGAAGUCGGUAAGAUGAUUAAAAGAUAGAGCGUCCUCGUUUUGGUAAUUCGUUAUUAUUCAAUUUGAAUAAAAAAUUUUCGUCCAUUUUAGAAAUCCAGCACGAGUUGAAGUACGAAGGUCAUUUACGGAUUGAAAACGGCAUUUCUGAGAAAAAACCCACUGCCGGCCGAAACCGGAAGUCGAUAAUACCACCAAAAGAUAGAGAAUCCCCGAUUUAGUAGUAAAAAAUUAAACUUGGGAAAAUUCAACAAUAAAUUUACACAACAUGAAAAUUUUCAUCACAACGUUUCUGCUCUCACUGGCGUUGCAAUUCGCUCUCGCUAGCGUAAAAGAAGAGAUUACCGCCACAGAGUACAUUGAGAAUUUGAACAAAGAGAUCGCUCGUCGCAACUAUCUCGAGAGGGAAUCCUCAUGGGCCUAUGCAUCCAAUAUCAAUGAUGAGAAUGAGCGCCAGAAGAACGAAGUCGCUGCCGAUGUGGCCAAAUUCAUGAAGGAAGCGGCCACCGAUUUACAGAAAUUCAAUUGGCAAACUUUUAAAUCGGAAAACUUGCGCCGCCAAUUCAAAAAGCUCACGAAAUUGGAGUACGCAGCGCUCAGCGAAGCCGAUUACGCUGAGUACUUGAGCGUCAUGUCUACUAUGGAAUCGAACUUCGCUAGAGUGCGCGUUUGUGACUAUAAGAAUGCCACCAAAUGCGAUCUCUCGCUCGAUCCCGAAAUUCAGGACAUUAUUUCAACCAGCCGUGAUCCAGAGGAGCUGAAAUAUUACUGGCGCGAGUUCUACGACAAGGCUGGCACCGCGGUGCGUGAACCCUACGAGAAAUAUGUUGAGCUGAAUACCAAAGCGGCUAAGCUUAACAAUUUUACAUCUGGCGCU